UAAAAAUAUCAAAUAUGGCGUUUGUUUUGGUUAAUAUCCAGAUCAUCAACGUUGAUGCCUUCGGAGAUAUUUCAUUAAAAAUAAGUAUAAAACAUAAAGCAACACUACCAGUAGCUGUGAUGGUAUAUGCGAGAUGUAUUGUGACUAUUGUGGGAGAUGCAGAACUUCAGGAGACUCUGUGAUGUCAUAAAGUGCUACAGAAUUAUCAAGAAGCAAUUCAAUGGAGUGAGACACUUGUGUCUUGCAACACAACAGGAAUUUUGAAUAAAUCUAUCUAUAUUUUCAUGUAAUACAAUUUUUAUACCAUUGUCAACAGC